AUGGUCAGUGUUUAAAAAAUCGUUUAAUAUUAUAGUCAAUUCUUUCAGAGUGUAGUUUAUGAAUAAGUCAAGCACAGUGAUAAAAUUAUGACUGAAUGGUAGUAUUUUAGCUAGCUUAUGUCGAAAGAACCCUUAGACUAUAAUCGCAUUCAAACCUACCUUGAUAUAAUCAGUUUAAAUAAAAACAAAUAAGACCAUUCGCUCAAAAAAAAAUAAACAAACACUCCUAACUCUUUUAUUAAUAUUUAAAAUUAGAAUUCUUAAAAUUAAUUUAAACUCAAACUAAAUACUGAGGAGAAUAUAGAUACUGAUUUUGAUGAAAAUGAUAAUUCUCCUUCUUCGAGAUCCAGCUGUUCCGAAAAUAAUAGGGAGAGACAAAUAUUAGUAUUUAAAAAUGAUGAUGAUGAUGAAAGUGAAAAUAAUUAAGAUGAUGAUGGGGAACUGCCUAAUUAAUAAAAUUAAAAUUUCUUUUAGUAAUUAGAAGGAGGAGAAGAAGAAAUAGAUUAAGAUAAUAUUAUGAUAAUAGAGCGUAAGUGCUUUGAUGAUGAGUUAAAUAAUUUUUAACAAAAUCCAAUUUACACAUCAACAUCUCCUACUGUAUAGAAAUCAAGCGAAAAAGAUGACUACAAGAAAGGUAGUUAAUCAAAAAUAAAUUAAGUUGGAAUGGUACUGACUCCGAAUACAUCUAAAAAUAUCUAAUAAUAGAAAUUUAGCUUUUAUUCAAAUGACUAAUCUCUUAAAACACAUGAAAGUAGCAAUAGUCCAAUAUUAAAAGAAGUGACAUCUAAUUUUUAAAAUAUAAAAACAACUCCUCAUUAUAACAAGAGCUCACAAAGCAACUAAAAUCAUAAUGGUCUAGGUAAAUAACUUGCAAAUAAUCAUACUUCUUAAUUUACUUAAAAUACAGUAAGCUCUGCAAAUAAUAAUUAAAACAAUGAAAAUAUUUAUAUUUCUUAAAAUGAUGUUUCUAAAAAUUAUAACAUAAAUUUCAAAAUAAGUCCACAAUUAAGUAAAGAAAACUCUAAUUAAUAGUCUGGUAUUAGCUCUACAGAUAUCUAAAAGCAGUAACAAUAAUAACAAUUUAGCUCCAGUUUAUCAACUAAAAAUAAUAAAAUGUUAACCCCGUCUCUUUCACACUUCUCAAUUACAAACAAGUCUUUAAAAAAUAUUCUAUAAGAGACUACUCAGCACACUAAAUCUCUUGAAUAAAAUAUUGAAAUGAUGGAAGCCUAACCUAAUAAUCAAUAUUGUGUAAUAGCAACUCCUUAAGCUACUGAAUAAGGUAGUGGAUAUAAAAAGAAAAAUCAAUCUAAGCAAUUUAAUUAUAACAAUAAUAAGAUUGUAAAUCAAAAUCAAACAAUAAACAAAGUAGAAAGUAAGCAUUUAAAAACUCAACCAAGUCCUUCACCUGCUAUGUUCAACAUUCAGCCUCCUGUAUAACCUGUAUGCCACACUUCGAACAGCUAAAGUUCUUUAAAAGAUUUUACUAUUUAAGACUUUGAAAACAAAGAACAAUAAUUUUAAUAAGUCAGCUAAAAUUAAGAGCAAUUUGAAUCUGUGUCAGAAAGAAAAAGCUUAAUAAAAAUUGUUCAUAAUAAAAUUCCUUUCUAAGAAAGCGUAAACUAGCCUUUGUUGAGUAUCAAGCCUCCCUUUACUCCAACAGAAGAUAAUAAAAUGAAGAGAGAGUUUAAUAACUUAUAUUUAAGAAAGUAGAUUGCAGACAUUGUCACCUUUUUUGAGGGAAACAGUAAAAAAAUAGAUGAAGUUGUUGAAAAAAUUCAAAAUAAUUAAUAGUAAUAAUAAUAAGGAAUUUUGCAAUACCAGCAAAAUUUCAACAAUAAUUAACUUGGAUUAGCUGGUGGUUAGCAAUUUCAUAGGUUGGGACUUUCAUCUAACCAGAUGACUCCUUAAUCAAUCAACCCUCAUAACUUUGCUUAGCUACCUUCUCAUAACUUCUAGCCUUUCCCCUAAGUUUCUAAGUAAGCAAGCUAAAUCUAAUUAUUCUUUUAACCAACUCCUCCACCUGCACCUGCACCACCUCACUCUGCCCAUUCAAUUUAAAAUUAACAACAAUAAUAAAUUUAAUAGCUUUAUGGAUAUUAACAAAACUAACCACAUUAAUAAAUUAAUUAAGCCUUUUAGUAAUAUUAAUAAAGAUCUACAUCUUAACAUAAUGGCGUCUCUAACCUAUAUCCAUAACAACCAAUAUAUCCUGCUAAUUUUAUUUAAUAAAACAACCAACAAAUGCAAUAAUAAUAAUAAUAAUAAUACAACAAUAUUGCUUAAAUUAGUAGAUAGAACAUAUACUAACCACCUUUAAUUCCAAUCAAGCAGGCAUCUUGUCCCAGAGGGUCUUCUGAAAAUAAUGGAGGAGGAAGAUCUUUGAGCACCUAUAGCAGAGAUACAUCAGAUGGCUAAGUAAAAACUAUGUUUAAGAGAAUGAGAACAUACGAUAUUUGUACAAAUACUUAAAACUCUUCUCAAAUUCCCUCAAGUGUUCAACAAUAAAAAAAUUUAAACCGUACGAUGGAUGAAAACAUCAAUAACUCUAACAACGUAUCGUGCAUGAAUUUAAAUACCAGUAAGUUAAAUGCAAACAACUAAACAGGUUUAUCAAAUGCGAAUAAUGUUAGCUGUAAUCUAAAUUACUCAAAUAAUGAAAAUAAUAGAUAUCUUACUAACAGCACUAAUUAAUUAGCAUAAACAAACCAAAACUCUUCACAAGAAUUACAACAGAGAAAAAGAAGUGAGUAUUCGUUUCCAGAUUUAAAGAGUUUUAACAAAUAUAUCAAGAAAUGA